AUAUUCAUUUAAUGAAUUAUUUGGACUUUUACUGAUUUUCCGCAAUUAAAGGAGUCCGUGGCUGAGAAAGAUCUAGAAGAAAAAGAACGAAAGGUUCGAGGAAUAAAAAGCGUGAUUCGCGUCAGCUGAGCGAAUUCAUGCUUCGCGCGUCUUCCAGUGUUAUGACUCAAAACUAGGGCGUUAUUGAUUCACUCUUACGUCAUGUCUACUCGCCGUAGACGUACGAAGACUCUGGGAAAACUCAGACGUAGCCGGCAACGAGCCUUACAGACGCGUAUGACGACGGCGAGGCGCUUCCUCGGGAACACCUCGACGACCGGUCUUGAUGUCGAAGCGACGUCGACGCGGUCGACGACGGACGACGUCGUAACGCACAUCGUCAGUGCGUCACGAUGUGGUAACGUGUCAGGUGUGUUGACAGAUGAUGGGACAAUUCAAUACCGUUCCCUCGACUCCUCGAGUGCCAUUCGACGAGGAGGGUGACAAUGGUUUGGUGCUCUGCGACACGUAUCUACCGGUCGAGGUGCUGAUCGAAAUCUUCUGCCGCGCCGACUGCAAGACUCUGGUGAACUGCCAAUUGGUGUGUAAACGUUGGAGGAUGCUAAUGAAUUACGUCUGGCACAAGAAGACCGAGCAAGCGCUGGGCAAACCAUUCCCGUGGAACGAUAAGAUGCCCUGGUCCGUAUUCUACCUCGCAUGCACAAAGAAACCGUACGAGAGGAACCUGCUCAAGAAUCAUUCCGGCGCGGAAGGCAUAAUUUUCUGGACGAUGAUCUACAAUGGUGGCUCUCAAUGGACGAUCGAGGAACCGCCCGUUGGCGCGCCGGAGCUACCGCAAACCGAACUGAUGUUCAAAGAUCGACAGACCUGUUUCGCGACGUCCUUUGAGCGUUGCACCAAAAUGCAACAUAUAAAUUUAAUAAAGGAAGGGAUCCAUCCGUAUAUCCUAGAUACUUAUCAACCACCUAUAGUGGUAAGCGAAUGGUACAGCUGUAGAUGGGACUGUCCAGCGGUAUAUCGAUUAGAAGUAAAGCUAAUGGCUGAAGAUGAACCAUUAGACGAGUUUAAAUUUCAAGAUGUUCUGGAGGGAGAAAAACAGAAUCGAUGGUUGCAGGUUUCGCAUGUAUUUGAAAAUUAUGGGACUGGACUUAGAGUUAUCAGAUUUGAGCAUGGUGGAAAGGAUAGAUCAUAUUGGGCAGGACAUUAUGGCAGCAAAAUGGCUGGGGCAUGUGUCACUGUGAAAAUACCUGAGAAUAUGCAUUCCUGAGAAAUCCUGAAAGUUUACAUUUGCACUUGUGCAAAAGUAACCAAAUGUUACUAAAACAACUACUAAAAUCGCAGAGAGACAGAGGAGUCAGAUUAGUUCUUUUUGAGGGACUUUCUCUGUUUUUGAAAAGUAUUUUCAUAAAAUAAAAUUGAUAUUAAAUAAAUAAAAAAAUAUAUAAAAUGUUAAAUGUGAAAAUAUAAAUAUGUUAAAUGUAUAAAACUUUUUUGUAAAUAUAUCGAUUGUUUACUAUUUCAUAAAAA